AUGAGGUUAUUUCACGCUGUGUUAUUCGCGCUGCCAAUCGGUUUUUUGCCUUUCAAGUUCGAUCCCCUGCCUCUUGGCAGUAUCACAGCAAAUGGGUGGCUGAAGACAGAGCUUGAAGCCUCGGCGUCGGGGUUGGGAGGACAUCUCUAUGACUUCUUUCGCUAUGUCUCCAACUCCUCGUGGAUUGGCGGCGACCAGGAGUACAGCCAAUUGAAUGAAGGACUUCCAUAUUGGCUAAAUGCCAUAGUGCCUCUGGCAUACACUCUACAAGACGAGAGACUCAAGAAUGAUGUCCACACGGUUGUCAGCAAGAUUCUCGAUCUCGUCCAGCCUGAUGGCUGGAUCGGUCCUGAGACCAUUGAAUCCGGGAAGCGGCUCAUCUGGGCGCGAACAUUGGUCUUCCUUGGCUUGACCAAUCUCGUGGAGGCUGAUCCUGAAACUUAUGAAAAGCCUAUCCUCGAUGCCCUUUACAGAUUCAACGGACUCAUGCAUACCAUGCUCAAGAACAAUGGAACCGGCAUGAUCUAUCACGAUGGUGAUAAAGCUGGUGCCGAUGAUUAUGUCUGGUUUCGCACUCGUUCGCCAGAUAUGGUUGUCAGUCUGCAGUGGCUGCUUGAUCACCACCCAGGAAAUCAGACCGAUAUCUUGAAAGGAAAUAUUGACAUGAUCCAUCAAUAUUCUUUCCGAUGGGAAGGGUGGUAUACAGAGCAGAGCUAUAUUAAAGACGACCUCAACACCAUCCCUGACUCCGUGGCCAGUGAGCAGUGGCCCUUCCUCCACGGGGUAACUGUCGCCGAGGCUUUGAAAUAUGCAGCUGUCUUCAGACGGUCGAAUCGAAAUGAAAGCCUCCUCACGACGGCCAGAAAUGGUGUCGAUUGGACAUUCAAGUACCACGGCGCGGCCUCCGGCACCAUUUUGGCAGAUGAGCGUCUUGCUGGUCUGAGUCCAUACUACGGCUCAGAGCUCUGCACUCACGUCGAGGUCAUCUAUUCGCUCGCCUAUAACUAUUUUGCAAUCGGUGAUCCCAGUUAUGCGGACCGCGCAGAGUUGGCUGCUUUCAAUGCCUUGCCAGCGGCCAUGUGGCCGGAUUGGACUUCGCAUCAAUACAUGACUGAACCGAAUCAGCCAUUCUCCAAAAACCUCUCUGCUACGCCCUUUUGGAACGUCAACAGCGUCGGGCAGACAUUUGGUAUUGAGCCGAAUUAUCCUUGCUGCACUGUCAAUCAUCCGCAAGGAUUCCCGAAAUUCACCAUGUACAGCUAUCUCAAAAAUGGAGAAAGGGGGCUUGUUCAUGCACUUCUUAGUCCCGGCCAGGCAAAGGCCCAGAUUGGUGGAAAGGCUGUGGCCGUGGAUUGUCAAACGGAUUAUCCAUUCAGUACCACGCUGUCUUACACGGUAAACAGCGACACAGACUUUGACUUCUACCUCCGAGUUCCAGAGUGGUCUACGGGCAUCAAAAUCAACGGUGCCUCUUCUUCGGUCGACACCCAGACAAGCCUAGCCAAGGUCCAGGUUACAAGUGGACAGACAACUAUCAAAUACGAGAUUGGAGCGGGUCUCCGCAUUAUCUCUCGGGCAAAUGACACGGUCGCAAUCUAUCAAGGCUCAAUUUUGUACAGUUUGUACAUCUCACCGGUCAUCACAAGCGGACCCCCCAAACUAUACUCCGAUCCACACCAGGCGUACCCUGAAGGAACAUACCCGUCAAACAUGCAGGACCACAUGAUGACCAACGGCACCGAGUGGAAUGUUGCAAUCGAUCCCUCCACUCUGAGAUUCCAUGCUGGAGACGGCCCUUUGCCUUCACCUACAUUUGAUGACGGGAAGCUGCCGAUGUUUGUCACCGCUAAGGCGUGUUUGAUCGACUGGCCUCUUUUUAAAGAUGCCGUACCGGCAGCACCGCCAGCCAAGGAAGACAGGUAUUGCAUUGGGCGACCUUUCAACGCUACGCUGAGGCCAUAUGGAAGUUCAAAGUUGCAUAUGUCUGAUCUCCCUACCAUUGACUUCAGUUGA